GGAGCGAGCGAGGCGGCAGAGAAGGGGAGGGAAGAAAGUUGGUUUCCCCCGACGUCAGCGCCGGGCGGGCCGCGGCGGCCGCGGAGCCAGGAGGCGGCCGGGAGCGGGGCCGAGCGCGGGGCGGCCGGGGCGCGCUCGCUCCGACCCGCGCCUGCCACCCCCGCCUCGGACCCGCGCCCGCCACCGCCGCCGGCGACCCCGGGGCGGCCCGCGGGCAUGGACAGCGCGGCCGGCGCCGCCUUCGCCCCGGACAAGCCGGCGCUGGGCCCGGGGCCGCCGCCGCCGCCGCCGCCAGCGCUGGGGCCCGGCGACUGCGCCCAGGCGCGCAAGAACUUCACCGUCAGCCACCUCCUGGACCUGGAGGAGGUGGCGGCGGCCGGGCGGCUAGCGCCGCGCCCCGCGGCCAGGGCAGAGGCGCGGGAGGGCGCGGCGCGCGAGCCGUCCGGGGGCAGCAGCGGCAGCGAAGCGGCGCCGCAGGACGGUGAGUGUCCCAGCCCCGGGCGCGGCGGCGCCGCCAAGCGGAAGAAGAAGCAGCGGCGGAACCGCACCACGUUCAACAGCAGCCAGCUGCAGGCGCUGGAGCGCGUGUUCGAGCGCACGCACUACCCCGACGCCUUCGUGCGGGAGGAGCUAGCCCGGCGCGUCAACCUCAGCGAGGCGCGUGUCCAGGUCUGGUUUCAGAACCGCCGGGCCAAGUUCCGCCGAAACGAGCGGGCCAUGCUGGCCAACCGCUCAGCCUCGCUGCUCAAGUCCUACAGCCAGGAAGCCGCCAUCGAGCAGCCCGUGGCUCCCCGGCCCACUGCCCUGAGCCCCGAUUAUCUCUCCUGGACGGCCUCGUCCCCCUACAGCACGGUGCCGCCAUACAGCCCAGGAGGCUCAGGCCCUGCGACCCCGGGGGUCAACAUGGCCAACAGCAUCGCCAGCCUUCGUCUCAAGGCCAAGGAGUUCAGCCUGCAUCAUAGCCAGGUGCCCACGGUGAACUGACAGCCAGCCCCACCAGGCCCCCGCUGCCUCCCUGGCUGCCUCCCCGCUGCCUCCCUGGACAGGCUGGGUGGGCUCUCCUGGCCCCUCUCUUCAGCCCGGACUUCUGAGCCCAAGAGGCUGCUGAGAUGCCCAGAGCCUGGCUCAGCCCUUCAUCCACGGCCACUGGAGACUGCGGCCCCUGACCCUGGAGGUGCUGGGCUGGAAGGUUGGAGCAGCGGCUCACCAAGGACCUCACUUACUUUGUGUAUUAAAGCCAAAAAGCUGUUGUCUUUAAGAAAUAAACAAAAAAAAUUUUAAGCCCCAAAA